GAGUUUUUAAGCUUGUCUCCUCAAAGCGGGGAACUCACGAACGUUUCGUGAGCGCCUACGGUAUGCAGGGCACGGAGCGGAGCCCUAGGGUCACGGACUUGACCAGGACAGCCGAGCAGCUGCAGGAUCCGUCGUGUUCCCUAGCAAUUUUAAUAUUUAAAAAUGCGUUACUGUUGCUGUUGUUUUCUAUAUAUUGGUUAUCUUCGUGAAGAACCCUCAAAAGUGCAACGAACUCCUCCCUGCCAGGGGGCGGCCGUGCGCUCUGAGCACAGCUUCCAGCCGAGCCGGCCAGGUCCUCCAGGGCACCGAGAGAGCCGGCCAGAACGGCGGCGCCCUAGCCCGGCCGCGGCAAUGUCUGACGGCGCCCCGGAACUGACGGUCUGGUACGCAGGGGCGCUCGGCGGCAACGGCGGCUUUAAACGUCAUCGCGGGCGCGACGCCCGAGGGACGGUCUGGGGUUUGGCUGUCUGGAAGGUGCGGCGGCGAGACCGGCCGGGAAGAUGCCAGUGGCGGUGAUGGCGGAAAGUGCCUUCAGUUUCAAAAAGUUGCUGGAUCAGUGCGAGAACCAGGAGCUCGAGGACGCUUGAUGUAAUGGGCAGAAUCAGAAUGCUUCAGGAAUCUGUCGAAAUUGUUUCUUAUACUAGCCCCUGGAGGAAUUGCUACACCCCCAGUGUAUGGUCAGCUUCUAGCUUUAUAUUUGCUCCAUAAUGACAUGAAUAAUGCAAGAUAUCUUUGGAAAAGAAUACCACCUGCUAUAAAAUCUGCAAAUUCUGAACUUGGGGGAAUUUGGUCAGUAGGACAAAGAAUCUGGCAGAGAGAUUUCCCUGGGAUCUAUACAACCAUCAACGCUCACCAGUGGUCUGAGACGGUCCAGCCAAUUAUGGAAGCACUUAGAGAUGCAACAAGGAGACGCGCCUUCGCCCUGGUCUCUCAAGCGUAUACUUCAAUCAUCGCUGAUGAUUUUGCAGCCUUUGUUGGACUUCCUGUAGAAGAGGCUGUGAAAGGUAUAUUAGAACAAGGAUGGCAAGCUGAUUCCACCACAAGAAUGGUUCUGCCCAGAAAGCCAGUUGCAGGGGCCCUGGAUGUUUCCUUUAACAAGUUUAUUCCCUUAUCAGAGCCUGCUCCAGUUCCCCCAAUACCCAAUGAACAGCAGUUAGCCAGACUGACGGAUUAUGUGGCUUUCCUUGAAAACUGAUUUAUCACUCUGAGUUCAAGAUUCAUCUUCAGAAUCCUGUAUACUGACAGAUAUCGAAAUGUAAAGUUUGUAUUUUCAGUUUAUUGGAUGGCUUAAGCACCUCAGCAUUCCUUACUGAGUAUGUGAUAAAAUACAUAUAGAAUAUAAAAUAUACUGUAUACAUUUUGUCCUUAAACAUUAUGCUGAAUAGUUGUUGAAACAGUUCUCAUUUUGUAAUACUUAAUAAUCUGGAUGGAGCCCGUCAGUAUUACAGUUAGUUUUCUGGUGACUCAUAAAAUAAGGUUUCCUGUUUCAUGUAGAAUAGUGUUUGUCAACUGUCUUUUGUCUGCCCCAGCACAUGCCACACUCUUACCUGUACCACUGGUUGAUAAUUGUCAUGACUCAUUUGAACUUGAAGCAAGACUGUCCCCAGGCACAGUAUCGGAAUCCCUGGGGAUUAUGAUUCACGCUCUUUGGAGAAUAUGCUCUCUUUUCACCCCCACCUCCUGAGAGCCACUAAUGUAAAAUACAGAAACAUAGCUGAGGAACAAAUAGACCAUUUCCAUACUAAACCAGUUUGUUGACUUUAGAUUUUUUCCAAUAGUGUGAGUAUAUCCAUUGCUGGCAGUGGAGGACUUGCCAUGAAAAUGCAACUUAUUUAAGACAUUCAUGAGACGUAUUAACUUGCGCUGUCUCCUUUUAGAAGGGAAAACUUAAGUGUGGAAUGCAUUGUAUGGGCAAAGAAGCUAUGAAGGUACAUGAUACACUUUGUACAAGUAUCCUGCAGCCCAUUGGUUGCUUAUAUUUAUCCCUUGGCUCAAGUUUUGCCCUUUGGAGAAAUACUGAGCAAGUCUUUCAUUCUGUGUGUGACAGCCCUCUGAAUAUUUGAAGUUGUUUGUUGGAACUUCAGGUUAUAACAGCCCUUAGUUCAUUUAUUCUGCAUUUGUUCAAUAAAUAUUUAACUGAAUUCUUCAACUAUUUCAUCUAAGAUAGUUUCUGGAAAUUUCACUCUCUCGAUCUUUCUGUGGACACAGUCUAUUUUGUCAUUGUCUCAAUAUGAAUCUCUUAAAUAGAAAUGAGCUGUAUGGUGAAUCUGUGUGGUGAUAAUUACAUAAUUUAUUUAUUUUAAAUGCAUUUUAGUGGCUAUUUCAGUUUUUCUUAACAUAUAUGGGAAUACUUUUUGAAUUGCAAUUUUAUUUAACCCGGAUAGGUAAGUCAUAUUACAAUUCCUUGUUUUACAGUUGAGGAAAUGGAAAUUUAAGAAGUCAGAGGAUCAGUAGAGUGGUCAAGAGAAUGACAGUGCCAGUUUUUUUAACUUCUAGGUAUUAAGUACAAACUGUAUCCCUGGUUAUUUUUUAAAAGUAGAUUAAAGUCAAUCCAAAUGUUCAUUAAUAGGGAAUUGUUUGAAUAAACAACAGUGUAGACUACGCAAGUGUAAAAGGAGUGAGGAUCUCUCUACUAAACUGGAAUGAUCUUCAGAGAGAGAACAUAGAAAGCACAUGUAGUUUAUCUGGUUAUUUUGAGGGUAACAAAAGGAGAAUGAUUACAAUUAUAUAUAUGUACAUAUUUCCUUAUAUUUCAAAAUGAAGCAAUUGGGGGAUAUCUACAAAAUGAAUAAAAUAGUUCCCGAGAGAGGAAGGGGAGGACAGUGAACUACUACAUGGAGAAAAAGUAACCUCAAAUAACUCAAACACAGUAGUUCAAUUUUACAUUGUCAGUAGGAUAUACACUAAGGACAAAAAAAAAUCUUAGAUUCAUGAAUGUGGUUUUUCAUGAUUAAUUUCACAAAAUCUUGAUAUCAUUAUUAUUAAAAGUAUAUUAUAGAUUAGUAAUCAUGUAACCUUAGACCCCAGUCAUCUUAAAUUUGACAUGAAAACCUCAUUAUAUGCUUUCUUUUUCUUUGUAAACAGUAAAUAUUUCCCACUCCUGUCUACAUGAAAAGGUCUAGAGUGAUUACAGUUCAGUAACCAUGAGCACCACUAGUAUCCAGAUUGUGUUCUUUCAUUUUCAUUUGCAAUUAAAAGGAAUAAGAACUUAUUUGCAAAACUGCUA